GCAGCAUCAGCUGAUAUAAAUGGAUCCGGUGGAAGCGGUCAGCUGCUAAUUGUUGUUCGCUGUCCAGGUGGAGACAUGCAUGUGUUCUGUUGGGGAGAUAGCUCCGAGGGACAGUUCGGUCCUCAGGUCGCCCUCAGCCCGGUGGCCUGGACCGUCCCCGGUAUCAUCACCGACAUCUGCUGCGGGGACCGACACACGCUACUGCUUAACGGGGACGGAGACGUUUUAUCCUGUGGACACAACGCACAGGGACAACUGGGCAGAAAGAAGAGAAAAGAGGGAAAGAUUUUAGGUCAUGUGGAUGGCCUCGGUGAUGUGGUGGCGAUAGCUUGCGGUCAGGACCACAGUCUGGCUCUGUGUGCAUCUGGACAUGUGUUUUCCUGGGGGGCAGGAGAGGAUGGACAGCUGGGGGUGUCACCGGCGCUACAGUGCAACAGUCACAGACCCAGCCGGGUGCCUAUACCAAUGCCCAUACAGAUAGUUCAAGUUGCUUGUGGAAACUCUCACUCUCUGGCACUGACUAAAGGAGGAGACGUCUUCUCCUGGGGUCUGAACAGUCACGGUCAGCUGGGCCAUGGGAAGGCGGUGACUCUACAGUACACACCCAUCCUGGUUUGCGCUCUGAGCGGCGUGGCAGUGACCCAGAUUUCAGCCGGAGCGACCCACACUCUGUUCCUGACGCUCUCGGGCCUGGUGUACUGCUGUGGGGCCAAUAAAUCCGGCCAACUGGGGCUCAACAGGGUGGAUGAGAAAGGCAGGUUCAACAUCUGUAUGGUUCCUGCCCUCAGACCUCUCAAUGUGUCCUUCAUAAGCUGUGGAGAGUCACAUUCUGCUGCGUUGACAAAGGAUGGUGAGGUUUUCACUUUUGGAGAGGGAAGCCACGGUCAGCUCGGCCACAACUCCUCUGCCAACGAAGUGAAACCCAGACUGGUUGAAGGUCUCGGUGGACCCGCAUCACAGAUUGUGUGUGGCAGGCGUCACACUCUGGUACUGGGCUGCUCUGGCCAGCUCUGGGCUUUUGGCAAUGGAGUCAAGGGUCAGAUAGGAACUGGAAAGCCAAACGGCAGCCUGACUCCCACUCUGGUUCAGCUUCCAUGGACUACCGACGGUGCAACAGCCACACCCAGUGACUUGAAAAUAUCAGCUGGAUGGAAUACAAACUUCAUGUACUCUUCACCUGCGAAGAACUUGAAUCACAGACAGAUAACUGGUCGCCUUGAUGAGACGAAACUGCAGAAAUGGCUGACCGUGAAACAUGCUAAUGUGGAAGUGAAGAGAGAAAUUGAAUCAAUGUUCCUGACAAGUUCGAGUCUUGUUGCAAGUUUCACAAAAGCCAACGGGCGUCCACUGGAAGCUGGUGCCAUUCCUGUGGACGUUGAAGCUUCUUGUCGAGCUUUUGACCAGCUUUUAGCAAUACCGUGGAUCAAACAAACCGUAAACCUAAAGGUCCUGAUCGACUUGCUUGACGCAUCAGCGCUUGUCAUGAAAUCUCCAGAGAUCUUCCCGAUUCUGCUGUCGUGCCCCCUUCUGCAAGAGGAGUGUAACGUCAUGAAUGGGGCUUUACCUCUGGCAGUCAUCAUUAUGGAGCUCAAUGAGAAGACUCUGACAACACUAAGAAGCUGGUGGUCGUCGCUGCCUGCGUCCAUACUGAUGAGGCACAUCAUGGUGUUUAAAAAGGCUCUGGCCUUCAUGUUAAAGAAUGGCCUCUUACAGACUCACAACCCAGGAGUCAGAUACCUGCUGGAAGUGCUCAAGCUGCUCUACAAAGCAAACAAAGCUGGAAAAUCCUACAAAGUCCCACUGAGCACGUUUUACGUCGAGGAAAUCGUCGGCAAUGUGCAGCCGCUCUUAGACGUCACUUUUUGGAGGGAGUUUUCCAAUGUGGAGGAUGAACACAACACUCCUGCCAUCUUCUGCCGCUAUCCAUUUGUUUUCACUCUGGUCUGCAAGGUGGCAGUAUUUAACAUCAAUGCAUUCCUAAUGAAGAAAGGGCAUCAACUCAUUCAUAAAAUGACUUUGAUGUGGCCGGAUCAAUCGCUGGUGGAUCCAGUGGACUCGGCUCCUCCCCCGGUCUUCCAGCUCACUCUGAGACGAUCUCACCUGAUCGAGGACUCUUUCAGACAGCUCAGUGCUGCCGACCACUGUGCUUUCCAAAGGGAGCUUCUGGUGCAGUUUGUGGAUGACAGGAAGUUGAUGAAUGUCAACAAAAGGGAUUUUUUCCUCCAUGUGUUUGAUGAGCUGCUCGCUCCUGAAUCUGAGCUGUUCAUGUACAACGAGAGCAACACUCUGGCCUGGUUCCCUCCAAAACCAAAAAUGGAGGCCAAGAGUUACUUCCUGUUUGGAGUUCUGUGUGGUUUGGCCCUUUACAACCACAACACCAUCCACCUGCGGUUUCCACAAGUUCUCUACAAAAAGCUGCUCAGAGUGAAACCUUCGCUGGACGACAUGAAGGAGUUUGAACCUGUACUGGCCGAAUCUUGGAGGUGUAUGUUGGAGGACUAUACUCCUGAUGUAGUGGAAGCUCUGGAGAUCGAUUUCAGUGUGUCCUGGGGAGGUGAAGAAGUUGAUCUAGCCCCAAAUGAACCUGGAAAACUUGUCACAGGGUCCAACAAGAAAGAAUAUGUCGCUGCCUUCAUCGACUAUGUCUUCAACAAAUCAGUGGAGGGACCCUUUGAAGCGUUCAAGAGAGGGUUUUUCAAAGUGUGCGACAUCGACGUGGUGGAGUUUUUCCAGCCGGAGGAGCUUCAAGGAGUGAUGGUGGGCCAAGAAACGUACGACUGGGAGGUGUUCAAGCAGAACACAGUAUAUGAAGGAGAGUACCACGCCUCGCAUCCAAACAUCUCUGUCUUUUGGGAGGUGUUUGAGAAACUGACGGGAGAGGAAAAGAAAAAAUUAUUUCUGUUCCUCACAGGGUGCGACCGCGUCCCCUUCCUGGGGAUGGAGAGCAUCAAGAUGACAGUCGCUCCUUUGCCUGAUGCCACCGAACUCCAUCUGCCAGAAUCGCUAACCUGCCACUGCCUGUUGCUUCUGCCCGUCUACCGGAGAUACCCAGUGGACCGGACCAUGCACACCAGGCUCCUUCAGGCUAUCAACCACAACAGAGGCUUCCAAAAAAAAUUACACUCUGUAGGCUGAAGUAGUGAAGGCUGCGUUAAAAACAGUGCAGCUUAGUGUUAGUUAACCACUAAGUGCAAUGUUUGUUUUCCUCUAAAUAUACACACCUCUAUUUUAAUGGGAAGUCAGAGAUCUUGGGUAAUGUAGGCAUUUAACUCAAGUAGACCAGCAGCUCAUUAGUCGUCAGAGAUCCUGAGCAGUGACUCGGUGUAGUCAUCAGCUCAACCCCGACUCUGUCUACUUUUUAAUUUCACUUUUUGCUGACUGCUGCAACUUCCACACGUUACAUGUUUAAUGGUGUUUGAUGAAGCUUUGCACAACUUUCUGUCCUUAUGUUGAAGUGAAGUAGUUUGCAUAUAUGAAGCAGUGCAACCUGGAGUUACACCAAGUGUUUACUUAUAGUCUCUAAGCUUUGUUUAGUAACAUAAUACAUAUGUACAAGUAGGGUUGGAAGAAAAGAAAUCUGAAAAUUGAGAGGAACAUCAGACCUGUGAAGAGAAAGCAGAACAAAAUUACUUGUAUAAAGUACAAGGAUCAUGCGAAAGAAAGGUGGAUAAUGGAAUUACUCAACUCCACUUAAGUAAAUACAAGUUAUUUGAUCACUGCCAUUGUUUUAAGCCAUCGCUACCCCCAGUAAACAUCCACUCUACUGACAUGAUAACGUCAGUCCAUUGAGGAUCUUUAUCUUUAUCAUCAUUAUCAUGAUGUUCUUUGCAUUAAGUGCUCUUUUCCAUUAUACAAGCUUAAAUCUUUUGCAAAUAUUUCAUGUUUAUUUACUAAGAAUAAAACUAAAAUGCAGUCAA